AGUGGAGAGAGAGAGAGAGAGAGAAGGAAGGAAACUAAAGAAGAGAUUCAAAGACAAAAAGGCCAUGGAUCGUCAUCAUCCUCCCCGUCGUUUCUCUCUCUACACACCACCUUCUCCUCUCGCUCUCUCUCUCCUCUCCAUCGCCGUCUUCUUCCUCUUCUUCUGCUUCGCCGCCACGUCCGACGCCGCCUUCGACGUCUCCCCCAUCUCCUUCGACGAGGGCUGCCGGCAUCUCUUCGGCGACGGCAACCUCGUCCGCUCCCCCGCCGGCGACGGCGUUCGCAUCCUCCUCGACCGCUUCACCGGAGCCGGGUUCAUUUCUUCCGAUAUGUAUCAACACGGAUUCUUCAGCGCCAUGAUCAAGCUGCCGUCGGACUACACCGCCGGCGUCGUGGUCGCCUUUUACACGUCGAACGGCGACGUAUUCGAGAAGACGCACGACGAGCUGGACAUAGAGUUUCUGGGCAACAUAAGGGGCAAGCCGUGGAGGUUUCAGACCAACGUCUACGGGAACGGAAGCACGUCCCGCGGGAGGGAAGAGAGAUACACGCUCUGGUUCGAUCCCACGGAGGAACACCAUCGUUACAGCAUCCUUUGGACCUCCAACAAGAUCAUAUUUUAUGUGGAUGAAGUGCCCAUUAGGGAGAUAGUGAGAAGUGAGGCAAUGGGUGGUGACUUCCCAUCGAAGCCCAUGUCCCUCUAUGCCACCAUUUGGGACGCCUCCGACUGGGCGACCUCCGGUGGCCGAUACAAAGUCAACUACAAGUACGCGCCGUUCGUGUCCGAGUUCAAGGACCUUGUCCUCGAGGGCUGCUCGGCCGACCCGAUCCGGGAAUCCCCGGCCGAGGGCUGCCGGGAGAAGGAUACCCAGCUCGAGGCUAGGGGCUUCGCCACCGUCACGCCGGCCCAGCGCCGUACCAUGCGCUGGUUCCGCGAGCGGUACAUGUACUACUCCUACUGCUACGACACGCUCCGGUACCCAGUCCCGCCGCCUGAGUGUGUGAUCAUCCCAUCGGAGAAGGCGCGGUUCAAGGACACAGGGAGGCUCAAGUUCGGCGGCAGCCACAAGCGCCGGUCAAGGCGGAGGGAGCGGAUCCCGGUCAAGUCGGCCUCGGAUAAUCAGGCCUCUAUGUGAUGGGCCAUACACAUGUAAAUGGCUUCCCUUUCUUUUUGAAAGUUUUUUGUUGAAAUAAUUGAGGGAGCGAUAUAGUUUGGAGAUCCGUGAAUAUAUUCUUUUCAUUCUUUGUGUGGAUAUGAGUACGUUAGCCUUGAUCAAUUUUCUAUACAGAUUUUGAUUUUCCUCUA